UGUUUGUCUUUCUGUUUUCUCGUGCAGCUCAAGGGCUCGUGUGCAAAGUCUGCAAGUUCAAAGUGGGUUCUCUUUGUUUCCAUUUUGCUGACCCUUGCAUAGCAGAGGAGGGCCAGCUUUGCGAAAUGACACGAGUUUACACAGGUAAAUUAAUGCUGUUCACCAAGCACGGCUGCACCCAACACACGGGGCUGUGUAACCUGACCGAGCAACGGGACAGCGUCUUUGACAUGAACUACAACCGCACUUGUUGCAAUUAUGACCUGUGCAAUGGAGGAAUUGUCAGCAACCCCAGUUGGCUGUUCUUAUCAGGACUCAGCAUGGCAUUGGGGAGUUGGCUAGCACACUAGGAAGGAGGGUGGAUGGCGAAGCUCGUCAUUCCCAGCCAUGACCUUUGGACUGUCCAUCUUCCCAGAGGAGAUAAGCUUCCUUUGCCUCCUUCCCCACCAAUGGGUCGUCAUCUCAAUGAUAGCGUUAUGUCAGAUCAUAAGAAUAUAAGAACAAGCCAGCUGGAUCAGACCAGAGUCCAUCUAGCCCAGCUCUCUGCUACUCGCAGUGGCCCACCAGGUGCCUUUGGGAGAUCACAGGCAGCACAGCUUUGGUCUUCUGGGUCACCUGUAGCCCUCCAGCCAUGCAUGGGGGGCCCAAAGGAUAAACCUCCACUUAUUUUAUAAUUAUAAAGCCACCAAUUAGGCCGGCCUGACUUUCGGGGUGGGGUGGGGUGGGAUUAAUAAAUAAAUUUCAAUGUAUUUACAUCGUAAUAAAUACAUUAAAAAAUAAUCUGUAUAAAGCUUGCCUUUUCUAUAUACAGCACAGCCCUGCUGUGUUUUCCCGAGACUGCACCCAUCAGCAAGCCUGCUUUUAAAAAUUGAAAUGAGGGACAGGUAGGCUCUGCCCCCGUAUGACUCGCUUUCUCUUCCGCUGCUGAGCCAACAAUAAGGGAAGUCAUUUGUAAUGAAGGUUACAGCAUAUCUACCGGAACGUCUCUCCCCAUAUUGCCCCGCUAAAACCCUCCGCUCCUGAGAGGCAGACCUCCUGGUGAUCCCUGGCCCCAAAGUGAUCCGGCUGGCCUCUACAAGGACCGGGGCUUUACAGUCCUGGCCCCUACCUGGUGGAACAGGCUUCCAGGUUAGAUCAGGGCCCUGCGAGACAUACAGAAUUUCCGCAGGGCCAGUUCCGCCAGGUAUUUGGCCAACCGGGAUAACAUCGAAAAUCUGUUAUAAUAAGCAUCUGGCCUCCCGUGGGCGCAAGGGCGGGGGUGAGGGAGAACUGCCGUCUGAAAUGAUGUAAAUUAUGUAUUUAUGGUUCCUAUUUUAGUGGGGUUUGUUUUAAUGGAUUUUAACUGUUUGUAUAUGAUUGUUGGACACCGCCCUGAGCCCGCAAGGGGAGGGCGGCGUAUAAAUUCAAUUAAAUAAUAAAAUGAAUAUACAAUAUA